ACAUGCUUACUUUUUCCAAUAGACACAAUAAAAAUUCAUAUGCAAUUAAAUGAUAAGAAGGAUGAGUUAAAUUUUUAUUAAAACUUAAAAAUUAUUAUUUAUAAUAUUUUUAAAAAAGAUAAAUUUAAAGGCUUUUACAAAGGGUUAGCUGCAGUAGUAUUAGGAAAUAUAGUUUCACAAUUCACAUAUUUUUUAAUGUAAUAAAAAAAUAUAAUUUUUAUUAAACCAUACUUUUUAAUUAAGUUAUAAUUUUUUAAAAUUAAUGAUUAAUUAACAUAAGCUAAGUAUUUUUUAAUACGCAAUGUGUUCAAUGAUAGCAGGAAUGAUAGCUUCAUUUUUUACAAAUCCAUUUUGGGUUAUACAUACUCAUAUGAUAAAAUAUCAUACAAGUUUAUUUAAUACUAUUAGUAAUAUGUUUAUGUAAGGUGGAUUUCUUAUAUUCUUUAAAGGUUUAACUAGUUCCCUUCUGCUUGUUUUUAAUCCUAUUAUUAAUUAUGUAAUUUAUGAGUCAUAUAAGUAAUGGGUUUUUAAGAUUUUCGUUGAUAAUAAUUAUGAAGGGCUCAUUUUCUUUUUUGGAGGUGCAUUAAGUAAAUUUAUUGCAACCGUUUUUACAUAUCCAUAUUAGUUAAUAAGGACAAAAUAACAUAUUAUAAAAAAUAAAAAUUAUCUUGAAAUACUCUCAAGUAUCUAUGAAUAAAAUGGGAUUUCUGGAUUUUUUGUUGGACUUUUACCUAAACUUUCUUAAACUGUAUUGAGUAGUGCAUUAUUUAUUUUAUUUUAUGAGAAAAUUUAUUAAUUACUCGAAAAAAUAAUUAUUUAUAAUGAAAAUUUAUAUUAUAUUUCUUUUUAUAGUUUUUAGGCUUUUUUUAUUAUUUAUUUAAUAAACUAUUUAGACUUAAAAUAAAAAUAAAGUUUAGAUGAUUAAAAAAAUUAAUGA